CACACACACACACUCCUAUUUUAGGAUAUUCCAGUGUGCAAAAGUCUAAUAAGGUUAAGGAUGACUCUGCAUUUUAUCACAGCACUUUGUGUGCUGGGCCCUGACUAGAUACUCAGAGGAGGCUUAAAAAGAAGAAAACCCAAUCUUGAAUGUAGGGAAAUCCCCACCCAAAUAGGAAGAGAGGCAGUCCCACAUGAAACACCCAACAAACAUCCACAGAGUUGCAUGUCACUUGGUGCAAAGUAGUGCAGCAUUUAUCAUGAGGGGACUCAGGGAGAUAGAAGUGUGUAUGUGUGAAGGAUAGUCAUAAAGGUAACCUGAAGGAGGUGAAUACUGGAUCAUCUUCAACAAAGUGAGAGACAAAGUGGAAUAAAAGAUACACUUGGAGUAAUUUGUGUGCAAAGAGGAGAGAAGCCAUUGAGUCAGGAGGAGCAAAGAAGAGUUAUGGCAUGGGCCUUGUUGAAAGACUGUUAGAUGACAGAUUUUGUAGGGUGGACAAUAGAGACCCACCACUGAUAAUCAAGCAAGAAAAUGUUGGAUCCUUGCUGAUUUAACUACAUGGGUUUCAGGGGAUAUGCUGGAGUGAAAAAACAGACCUACUUCCUAUGGCAAGGACUGUGCUUUUAAGGGAGUAGGGCUAGAAGGCAGAUGAGAUCCAGUCCUGGCUCUGUCCCUAACUAGCAGUAGGACCUUGGACUCAUUAAGCUUCCUUAGUUUUCUCAUCUGAAAAAAGGGGGCUACCUUGGGUGGUUGCAAGAGUCCUUUCCCCAUCUCUGAUAUCUUGUGUUCCCUGAAUAAGUACUAGGCUUUGUUUUGUGGGACUGUCAAGAUCAUUCAGUCAUUAAGUCUACAGAUAUUUUUUAGCACCUACUGUGUUUCAAUAGCAGGUAGUGAGGAAAAUUCAAUGGGUAUAGGAUAUCGGGGUGAGCAAAAACAGAUAAAGUCUGUCCCUUAGAGUUUUCAGCCUAGUGGAGGCAGCAAGUAGAUAUUUCAUUGAUUCUAAGACUCACAAUCUAACAUUUCUUAAGUCAAGAUGCAUCUUAAAAUCAAUGGAGUAGCAUGAUUUAAUUGGCAGCAUUGUUUUUUUUGUUAAUGCUACAUAAUAGUAAAUCAGAAUUGUAAAAUAACUGUAAAAUCCCAAUGGAUAAGUGCUGAAGGGAAAGGUACAUAGUGUACAAGCAUGUAAAGGAGGGUACUGACUGGGGUCUGCUGGGUUGGGAGGAAGACUUUUCUGAGGAAAUGAUGUGAAGGAUAUGUAGUCGAGAUCUGUGGGAUUGUGGGUAGAUUACCCCACGAAAAGGUGGGUGCCUGAGGUGGAGAACUGAGAGAAGGUGAGUGUGACUGGAGCACAGACCCAGGAGCUCAGCAUGGGUGAGGCUGGCAAGGCAGUUGGGGAGCAAAUCUAUCACAGCUUCCCAGACCCUGGGCAGGGAUUUUGGUCUUUACCCUAAGAACAGUGGGAAGCCAUUAAAGAGUUUUAAGCAGGGAAGUAACAUGGUCUGAGGUGCAUUUUGAUGAGCUCAUUAUGGCUGCAGGUUGGAGUGGAUGUGGGAGACCAGAUGAAAGAGGUGGUAGGCAUGGAGGAGGAAAUGGAGAGAAGUAGAAGAUGGGUUCAGGAAACCUUUAGGAGGUAAAAUUAACAGUUCUCAGUGAUGUAUUGAGAAGGAAGAGGGAGGUGUGGAGAGUGACACUCAUGUUUCUAUCUUGGACAACUGGUGGCAGUAGUCUCUGACAUGGGCAAUGGCUGGAGCCUGGUAGGACCCACGAAGAUGGUUACGUAGCACCUGGGAGGGUAGAGAGGAUCCUAAGGCAGCUUGAGGUGGGAAAGUGUGGCACAAAGAAUUGGGUUUCUUUCCAUAUUGAUUAGUUUCUGACUUCCAUGCUAAGGAAAGUUUCAGGGGGAGAAGCAGGUCUGAUACAGGGCUAGAGGAGUUGAACACUGAGGAAAGGUGAUUCAAGUUGGAGUACUUUGGCUUAUCUCCUCUCCUUAGGACAAGAUGGGCAGGAAGAGAGGAGGCACAGACAUUGGUAAAAGUAGAGAUUAGAAAGUAAUUUUAAAAGCUGAGAGUUCUCAACAUAGGGAUAAUUAGGGAAAUAGGAAAAUUGGGCAGCAAUGAGGUGGCUCUUGGAUCACCUUUCCCUGGGCCUCUUCCCUACCACCACCACCCCCUCCUUUCAGGCAAAGAGGAGGAACAGCAGGGCCUUUUAGCUGCAUCUUAACACCUCAGUUUACUUAAAAAAAUUUUUCUUGAAUGUGUGACAUAAUCAUGUGGGUGCAUAUUCAAAAGUUACAAAAAGGCAUAUAGUAAUAAAUCUUUCUACCUUAGUCCCCCUUCCACCAGUUUCCUGUGUGUCAUCUUUUGUGUCUGAUUUUUAUACAAGUGAUAAAACUUUGCAGUGCUUUGCUUCCCCCACCCCCACUUGUUAAUAUAUAUUAGAGGUGGUUUGAUAGCAAGACAGUGAGCUUCUCAUUCCUUUUUAUGACUGCAUAGUAUUCCAUGUUAUGUUUGUGUAUAAUUUCAUAGUUCCUUAUUGGUGGGUAGUUAGCUUGAUUCUAAACUUUUUUCAAAUAAUGCUGAAAUGGAAACCUUGUAUAGACAUCAUUUUGGCCAUGUGGGGCUUUAUCUGUAGGAUGAAUAUUUAGAAUUGGAAGGUUCUAUAUAGAGAAUAUUUGUUCUCUCACUUGUCAUUCAUCCAUUUAAUAUUUAUUGAGUGCCCACUAUGUGCCAGAUACUCUGGCAGGUGCCAGGAAUCCAGCUUUCAACAAGUCAGAUAUGCUCCCUGCCCUCAUGGAAUGUUAUUACCCUCUAUUAAGGGGAAACAUAAAAGGGGGGCACAUAGAGAAUAAAUUGGAAGGAUGUGCUUUAAAUAGAGCCAGGAAGGCUUCAUAGAGCAAAUGAUAUUUAAACUGCGAACUAAAGGAUGGAAUGUGGCCAGCCAUUAGGUGUAGGAUGGGGAGAUCUAGGCUGUUCAGAGCCUCACCCACGGAGAGGAGUUCAGGAUCUGUAGGGGAGGAGGAGUAGAGUGAAAGAGAUGAGGGAGGUGAUUGGGAGUGGAAGAUGUCAGAGAGAGAGUGACUGAAGAUGAGGUCAGAUAGGAGAUGAGGCUGGUAGUGGAGAGAGGAGAGUUAGGGAGACUAGAACUUAUGAAGAACUAGUUAUUAUUUGUGUUUAGAGGGUGUUGGGGUCGAAUCUCUGUACCUGGGUGAAUUCAGGCGGGGAAAUGGGGAAAGAGGCCACUUCCUAACUGGAUACUUUGUGAAUGAGUAGUUUAACUGGUUUGAGGGAGGCACAGCCUUGUCCACAGGCAGGAGAGUGGAUAAAAUGCCUUGGGCAGAGCCAGUCUGCCGGUAGUACAGCCUCCUCCGUCUUUUCUGUGGCUUUGGCAAAAUGGAAACUUCUAAAAUAAAGAUGACAUUGAAGGGGUUCAGCCAGCUGGCUCUGGGCUGGUAGAAGAGAGAGCAGACCUACCCAGGGCUCAGAGCUGGGAGUGGGCAGGAAGUUGGUCUUGGAGACCCUUCCUCUGAACUUUGUGCUCCUUUUUUAUCCUCAACACUCUGCUUCCCUUCUGCAAACACCCAUCUCUUUGUCCAUCCUGGGUCCUAUGACUUUUCUCUCCCUCAACAGUCGGUUCCCGAUUCUGGUCCCCGGCCCCCAGCAGCGCCUGCCCCCUUCCCACCGGGGCCCCCCAUGAUGCCACCACCCUUCAUGCCCCCUCCAGGAAUCCCUCCACCCUUUCCUCCGAUGGGGCUACCACCCAUGAGUCAGAGACCACCAGCUAUCCCCCCCAUGCCACCUGGCAUCAUGCCCCCAAUGCUACCGCCAAUGGGGUCACCACCACCGCUCACACAGAUACCAGGAAUUGUACCUCCCAUGAUGCCAGGAAUGCUGAUGCCAGCAGUGCCUGUCACCGCAGCGACGGCUCCAGGUGUGGACACCGCCAGCUCUGCUGUGGCUGGGACAGGUCCUCUGAGGGCCCUAUGGAGUGAGCAUGUGGCCCCUGAUGGGCGCAUCUACUACUACAAUGCUGACGACAAGCAGUCCGUGUGGGAGAAGCCCAGCGUGCUCAAGUCCAAGGCGGAGCUGCUGCUGUCCCAGUGUCCUUGGAAAGAAUACAAGUCAGACACAGGCAAACCUUACUACUAUAAUAACCAGAGCAAGGAGUCCCGCUGGACCCGGCCAAAGGACCUGGAUGACCUGGAGGCUCUAGUCAAACAAGAGGCUGUAGGGAAACAACAGCAGCAGCAGCAGCCACAGACAUUACAGCCACAGCCUCCUCAGCCUCAGCCUGACCCCCCCCCUGCGCCUCCUGGCCCUACCCCAGUGCCUAUGGGCCUCCUAGAACCUGAGCCAGGUGGGAGUGAAGAUUGCGAUGUGUCAGAUGCUGCCCAGCCCCUGGAGCAGGGGUUCCUGCAGCAGCCAGAGGAGGGCCCCUGCAGUUCUGCUGGACAGCAUCAGCCACCACAACAGGAGGAAGAGGAAUCAAAGCCAGAACCAGAGAGGUCUGGCCUCAGUUGGAGCAACCGUGAGAAGGCAAAGCAGGCCUUUAAGGAGCUGCUGAGGGACAAGGCUGUCCCCUCUAAUGCCUCAUGGGAACAGGCCAUGAAGAUGGUGGUCACUGACCCCCGUUACAGUGCCUUGCCCAAACUGAGUGAGAAAAAGCAGGCAUUCAAUGCCUACAAGGCUCAGCGGGAGAAGGAGGAGAAAGAAGAGGCCCGGUUAAGGGCCAAGGAGGCCAAGCAGACCUUGCAGCACUUCCUGGAGCAGCAUGAACGCAUGACCUCCACCACUCGCUACCGGCGGGCAGAACAGACCUUUGGGGAGCUGGAGGUCUGGGCUGUGGUCCCUGAGAGGGAUCGAAAAGAGGUUUAUGAUGAUGUCCUCUUCUUCCUGGCCAAGAAGGAGAAGGAACAGGCCAAGCAGCUCCGGCGCCGCAAUAUCCAGGCCCUGAAGAGCAUACUGGAUGGGAUGAGUAGUGUCAACUUCCAAACCACAUGGUCCCAGGCCCAGCAGUACCUCAUGGAUAACCCCAGCUUUGCUCAGGACCAUCAGCUUCAGAACAUGGACAAGGAAGAUGCACUGAUCUGCUUUGAGGAGCACAUCCGAGCUUUGGAGAGGGAGGAGGAGGAGGAGCGGGAGAGGGCCCGGCUUCGGGAGCGGCGCCAGCAACGCAAGAACCGGGAGGCCUUCCAGGCCUUCCUGGACGAGCUGCAUGAGACAGGGCAGCUGCACUCUAUGUCUACCUGGAUGGAACUGUACCCAGCGGUCAGCACUGAUAUCCGCUUUGCCAACAUGCUGGGCCAGCCGGGCUCCACCCCUCUGGACUUGUUCAAGUUCUAUGUGGAGGAGUUGAAGGCACGUUUCCAUGAUGAGAAGAAGAUCAUUAAGGACAUCCUUAAGGACCGGGGCUUCUGUGUGGAGGUGAACACAGCCUUUGAGGACUUCGCCCACGUCAUAAGCUUUGACAAGAGGGCUGCUGCGCUGGACGCAGGCAACAUCAAGCUGACCUUCAAUAGUCUACUGGAGAAAGCAGAGGCACGGGAGAGAGAGCGGGAGAAGGAGGAGGCACGAAGGCUGCGGCGCAGGGAAGCUGCCUUUCGAAGCAUGCUGAGGCAGGCCGUGCCUGCUCUGGAGCUGGGCACUGCCUGGGAAGAGGUCCGUGAGCGCUUUGUGUGCGACUCAGCCUUUGAGCAGAUCACCCUGGAGUCGGAGCGGAUCCGGCUCUUCCGGGAGUUCCUGCAGGUACUGGAGACCGAAUGCCAGCACCUCCACACGAAAGGCCGAAAGCACGGCAGGAAGGGCAAGAAGCACCAUCGCAAGCGUUCCCACUCGCCCUCAGGCUCUGAGUCGGAAGAGGAGGAGCUGCCCCCACCGUCUCUCCGGCCCCCUAAGCGGAGGCGGCGGAACCCCUCCGAAUCUGGCUCUGAGCCCUCUUCCUCACUUGAUUCAGUUGAAAGUGGGGGUGCUACCCUUGGAGGACGGGGCUCCCCAUCCUCCCGCCUUCUCCUUGGACCAGAUCAUGGCCUUCGGAGAGCCAAGAAACCAAAAAAGAAAACUAAAAAGAGAAGACACAAGUCGAACAGUCCUGAGAGUGUGACAGACCCAGAGGAGAAAACUGGCAAGGAGAGUGAUGAGAAAGAACCAGAACAGGACAAGGACAGGGAGCUCCGGCUGGCAGAGCUCCCUAACCGCUCCCCAGGUUUUGGAAUCAAGAAGGAGAAGACGGGCUGGGACACGUCAGAAAGUGAGCUGAGUGAGGGUGAGCUGGAAAGGCGGCGGCGGACACUCCUGCAGCAGUUGGAUGACCACCAGUGACCUGAUCAGCGGCUCUGCCUUGGGUCUGUGUGAGGCUGUGGCUACUAGGUCACCUUCACCGUCUGCCCCAGACUCCUUCCUUAGUCUGGUCUGUCCUUUUUUCCUCAAGUAAUCCCACUCCCAACACACCAUUGCCAGCACCUCCCAAGGUUGCUUGCGGUGUUCAAGGGUCCCUGACUUCCCGGACAACUAGUGCAGUCCUUGCCCUCAGCCCCACACGAAAUUGGUGGUGUAUGCCAUGUGGGGUGGGUGAUGCCAGUAGAUAGAAUGCAAGAAGGGGCCUCCAGGGAAGUGACAGGCUGGUGGACACAGCCUGGGUAGCAGAGGGCGGGGUCCUUACCCUCUAGCAUCAGUGCCUGCUCCUGCCUGCCCAGGGCCCUGGGGCUCCACCACUCCGUCCUCCAGCCCUGGGACCCAGUGUAUGUGUGUUUUGUUUUGUUUUUAUAAAUAAUAUUUAUAACAUG